UGUUCGCUUGGCGAUUGACUUGCUUAUGCUUAUAAUAACAACCAAAGGUAGGCCUAGGGCUAGUGUAUAACUUUCGUUUUUCGCAUUCAGCUGCUCGUUGUCGGGCAAAAAGUAAUUAUACUUCCGUAGGAUAUUAAAAUGCAAUGGCCGACCGUGUAACGCAGCUACAGGACGCUGUAAAUCAGCUUGCUGAUCAUUUUUGCAAUAGCAUUGGUGUACUACAGCAAUCAGCUACACCUGGCAAACUACAAAGUACAGUCAAGGAAGAGCAAUCAGGAGCACCACCACAGCAGCAGGAGGAUCUGACACUGUUGUUUGCUCAGUUAAUUGCAAGAACUGCCAAAGAUAUCGACCUUCUCAUUGACUCCUUGCCAAGUGAAGAGUCUACCACUGAACUUCAGAAUGCAAGCUUAGCUAGGCUGGAGGAAGAGAAUCAUGAAGCUGCUAAGAAACUGCGUGAUGUUGUGAGACGAGGGGAUAUCCUAUUAGCACAGAUACAACAAGCCCUCAGUGACAUAGCUGAGGCUCAAUUGAAAACACAAGAAGAAAAAGAAAAGCCAGAAUGAUUCUGUAAAGUAUCAAGAAUUGGAGUACUUGAAAGCAAUUAUGACUACAACAUUAGGUGUGUUGAUACAUAAGAAGGAAGCAUUGUGUGGCUAGAUGAUUGGGUUGAGAUAUUUAUAGAUUCGGGAAAUUGAAUCAGUAAAACAUAUUGGUUCCUGUAGCUCAAUAGAUAAGACUUUUGAUAGGGAAUCAAAGGAAUAAUGCUAGACUAUCUGCAUUGAAAUUAUCUUUAUAGAAAUGAAUGUCUGAUCCAGCAGUCAGAAUGGGAUGUUAGGGAAUUGUAAAAAUUCUGUAUAAUUGACCCAUAUUGAUAUUUCCUUGAUUCUUAUUUCUUUUUACCAUAGCUGAAAUGUACUUCUUAAGUUGUAUUCAAUAAAUUGCACUAUAGCUGAAAUGGCACCUUAGGGCCAGUAAGAAGAUGGGUUUCAUUUCAUCUCAUUAUUAUUAUUGUAAAAAAAAAACAUUUAAAAUUGGUCACAAAUCAUGAAAUGAAUGUACAUACAUCCUGUCGGAUGCCAGUUGAGCUCACUUGAUGAUUGAGAUUGCAUAUCCAAAUAUUGAUAUUGCACAUUUUUUACCAUCGUAAACAAUACAAUCUCUUCCCUUGUCUGGCACCACGGGGUUUACUCUGGGAACCUGAGAGGAAAUCCCCAAGCAAGACACUAGCAUGGUAGUCCUUGAAGAAAGAUGUCUGUUUACAGACUUGUGUCCUACUGGCACUGUUACAUGUAAUUAAAAUAUUGUAGUAAAAGUAAAAAAUUAACUAUUUGUAAUUUAUGAAAAAAAAAACUAUACUACAGUAUAGUCAGUUUAGUUUGUUGUUUUGGAAAGUCAAUAAUAAAAAUAGUUCUACACUUUCA